AUGGUCUACGCCGACGGCAUGCCCCCGCCCAAGGAGAGGACGUUCUUGCCGGGCAUGAAUUUCGAGGCUGCCAAGCUGAUGUACGGGGGGAUUGACAGCCUGCGGAAGAACGUCGAGGGUCUGAAAUGCAUGUAUUUGAAUGUCCUGGUGACGGACCCCGAGCAUCAAGGCCGCGGCGCGGGGAAGCUGCUGAUGCAAUGGGGCGCUGACGAGGCGGAUCGCCUUGGACUGGCGACGUUCCUUGAGUCUUCGGAAGCGGGACACGUGCUGUAUCCCAAGUUUGGGUUCCAGGAUGUCGAGCCGCUCGUGGUCAGCCUUGCGGAGUUUGGGCUUGAGAGGCCUUAUCGAGCGUGGGGCAUGGUGAGGCCGGCGAAGGAGUGA